AUGUCGAACGCCUUAGUUUCGAUGGUGAGCAAGCGCGUGCUUGCAGAGUCAGCGAAAAACCGCUUUGGAACAGAGGAUCCCUACUUUGAAGAGGUGCCUGCUUCUCGACUCGGUCGCGCAUUUGGCAAGAAGAAGCAAAAGCGCCGCAAGGCUAUCCCGCCAGGGUUAUCCGAACAUGAUGCCAAAAUUCUCACACAAGUCAAGCGCCGAGCAUAUCGUCUCGACUACGCCCUGUUCAAUCUAUGCGGUGUUCGCUUUGGCUGGGGCAGUGUGAUUGGGCUCGUGCCAUUUAUCGGUGAUGCUGGAGAUGCUGCGCUCGCUAUGAUGGUGGUGAGAACAUGUGAUAAUGUUGAAGGUGGACUUCCGUCACGAUUGAGAUGGAUGAUGCUGAUGAACGUGGUUAUUGACUUCGUCAUUGGCCUUGUGCCGUUCAUUGGUGAUCUCGCCGAUGCGAUUUACAAGUGCAACACAAGAAAUGCGGUCAUUCUCGAGAAACAUCUGCGUGAGAAGGGCGCCAAGGCUCUUUCCAGACGCAACAGUUCAAGUGGAAGGUCGAGCAGACGAAACAGUUCGAGCAGACGGCAGGAUCGACGAAGCCCGCGACAGAUCGAUCACAGCCUUGCGGAUGAAUUUGACAAGCAGGAGAGCGGAGUGGUGGAAAAUUCCCCGCCAACAUACUAUGAUGACCAUCGGUCUGGUGAGGCUAGAGAUACACAUGACGCACACCCUGCCCGACCUGCCCCCGCUAAACAACCUCGGUCCAAUCGAUCGGUUACCAGGUGGUUUGGUGGAGCAAGACAGCCAGAGGAGGACCUCGAACGUGGAGGACAAAUGCAUGAGGUUUAG